AUGGACUUGGACUUGAGCCAAAACCGAUUUUGGGGUUCAUUAGGGCUAGAUUUAACAAGUUUUACAGAGUUAAAAUUUUUAUCUCUUUCCCAAAAUCUGCUAAAUGGUUCUCUAUCAGAGAGUAUAGGGCAACUUUCUAGCCUUGAAGUUUUGGACCUUUCUGGGAAUUCGUUGAAUGGUGUCAUAACAGAAGCCCACUUUUUGAACCUCUCUCGUUUACAGUCCUUCGAUGUUUCUGAUAAUUCGGCUUUGUCUAUCAAUCUGAGCUCAAAUUGGAAUCCACCAUUUCAACUUAAUGAUUUAUACAUGUCCUCUUGCAAAGUGGGCCCAGCUUUCCCCAAAUGGAUUCAAACGCAGAGAAAUCUUACUAAUCUUCAUAUCAACAAUGCUGGAUUAAUAUUGGACUCGUUGCCUGAGAAGUUCUUGGAUCAAUUUUCUGGCUUAGAGGACCUAGAUCUUUCCCUGAACCAUAUCCAUGGCAAAUUGCCGAAUUUUUCCACAAGCUUGUUGAAAUAUGUUAACUUGUCUUCUAAUCUGUUUUCUGGUGCAUUGCCAUCAUUCCCUCCAACAAUCCAAUAUUUGAUCCUCUCGGAAAACAAGCUUUCUGGACCCCUGAGUUCCUUAUGUGCAACACAGGCUCCAAAUUUCUUCCUUCUCGACCUUUCUGUAAACCUAUUGUCAGGGGAACUUCCUAAUUGCUGGAUGCAAUUUCCGGCAUUAGAGUUGCUGAAUUUAGGAAAGAAUAAAUUUUCUGGGAAACUACCAAUCUCGUUAGGCAAUUUACAAUUAUUGUGGAUAUUGCGUUUACAUGGUAACAACUUUUCUGGAGAACUUUUAAGCUCCAUUCAUGUUUUGGACCUCUCUCAGAACAAUUUAUCCGGAGCCUUGCCGCAUUGCUUCAGUAACAUAACAGCUUCAUCUGAUGACACAAGUGUUUUUGGAUUUGUAGAAAUAGUGUGGAAAGGAGUAAAGACUGAGUUUGGGGGAAAUCUUGCACAUUUGAGAAGCUAG